CGUCAAUUCCUCGACGCCUCCCUGCCAACUGCACACUGCCCACCGCACCGCACACAUUAGCAGCCGCGAUCCCCUCACGCAUUACACCAUUGACAUCAUCCCAGCUCUUGUUGGCGCUGCUACAGCUCCCAUAGCUUCAACAUGGCGCCUCUAACCGCUGCAUCGGACGAGCACACGCAUCAAGCUCUCCUUGACCAGCUCGACAUCUACAAAAUCCACAAACCCUUCCGCAACCCGCACUGGAAGCCCCCGCAGCGCCGCAACAAGAAUGUCAAGCAGAUCAUCGCCGAUGCUACGCGCAAAGAAGCCUCGGUCAUGGCCACCCAGAACAACAGCGGCGCAUCCACGCCCGCGCUCCCGCACACCGACGGCGCUACAGGCGUCGCGACCCCCGUCGGUCGGGCCCCAAACAUCGCGCAGGCAGCGCAAAGCCUGAGCACCCUGGUGCUGGAGAAGAACCUACGAGCUGCUGGUGGCGGAUUGGGAGCGGCGAACGGCAACGGCGCAGGACCGGCUGCUACGUAUACGAAUAUCGAGAGCGCACCGAGCUUCCACCCGAGUAGCCAGAGGCGGUACUGCGACAUCACAGGGCUGCCGGCGCCGUACACGGAUCCCAAGACGAGGUUGCGAUACCAUGAUAAGGAGGUGUUUGGGGUGAUCAGGACGAUGCCGCAGAAUGUCUCUGAAGGAUAUCUCAGCGCAAGAGGUGCGCACACAGUGUUGAAGUGAAGAGUGGGACUGUCUCAGCGAGCGACUCUCAGAACCUGAUUCGCUUCCAUGACAGCUGGCACGGAGAGGAACACACGGGGGUACUAAAGAGAUGGGCUUGUACUGUAUGGAUCGAUGUGGAACAUCCAACACAGCACCGCAUGCAAAUAUGUAAGGCCAACAAAGUCAAGCGCACUCCACCCACCAAGCCCCUCUCGAGGCAAGGUUCAAGAAGGUGCUCCGGCUUAAUCGUGGACUGUUUUCUCUUCGCCAAUGACGGGGUACCAGGAAUACACGGACAGUAUUUCUAGUGACAGCAGCGUGUGUAAACGCAUGCUGCGGCCGGGGCGGUUUCUACAUAGAUAUCUCUGCCUUUUGUCUAAUAGCCGUCGCAUAAUAGUGGUGGUCAAUUCUAGACCGCUCUGGAAUAAAUCCCGU